AUGCGGUCACUGGAAGGACUGAGCGCGUUCGGGAGCCUGGAGGAACUCAUCUUGGACAACAAUCUGCUCGGGGAUGACCUCGUGUUGCCAGGGUUACCCAGGCUCCACACCUUAACCCUCAACAAGAACCAAAUCACUGACUUGGAGUGCCUGCUUGAUCACCUGGCAGAAGUGACACCAGCUCUGGAGUACCUCAGCCUGCUGGGAAAUGUGGCAUGUCCCAACGAGCUAGUCAGCCUGGAAAAGGAUGAGGAAGACUACAAGAGAUACAGAUACUUUGUUCUGCACAAGCUGCCCAAUUUGAAGUUUCUGGAUGCUCGUAAAGUAACCAAACAAGAACGCGAGGAAGCUUUGGUCAGAGGGGCGUUCAUGAAGGUGGUGAAGCCCAAGGCCUCCAGUGACAGCGUUGCCGCCUCUCCGAAGAGCCGUUACACACCCCUGCCUUCUGCUUCCAGGGAGCUCACCAGUCACCGAGGUGUCCUGGGGAAGUGUCACUAUGUUUACUAUGGGAAAAACUCAGAGGGCAACAGGUUUAUCCGCGAUGACCAGCUCUGA